UAAUAACUCGCAGGCAGCCACCGCAUUGCAUGAUUUUGCACUCACAUCAUGCCGUAGCCUGGAGUCUUCUCUUUUGGCUUCUCAUGUUUGCGAUGAACCUGGCCUUCAUCGUUUCAGUUUCUAUCAGCUUUUGUGCCUAGUGGACUUGGAGGGUGACCAUAUGAAUCCUUUUGAAGCAUCAGCUCGCAUCAAUUUCUGGGUUUUAAAAGAGUUUCUUCUGCACGGAGUAUUCUGCGUUCUUCUUCUUGUGACAGGGCACUGGCUCAUAUUUCUCGUUACAGUUCCCCUUGCUGGCUAUCAUGCGCUUUUGUAUAUGAAGCGGCAGCAUCUGAUUGAUGUAACUGAAGUUUUCAGAAAUCUUAAGUUCGAGAAGAAGCUUCGAUUUUUCAAGCUUGGUUUCUACGUGGUUUUCUUUGUCCUAGUUGUGUUCAACCUUGCGAUUGCAACUUUUGAAGCUGUGUCUGGCAUGGAUGAUGACCUUCAUAUAUAUUAACUCUCCACUACUCGAGCAGUAUGGUAACCACACCUCACAAGUCUCCAUUAUAUAGUUCUAAUCCAUGUAAAAGAUGAAACCUUGGCUCACAGAAAUAGAUGAGUUAGAUUGUAGUGGUUGAAAUGAGUUUUACCAAACUGUUGUCAGGUUGGCUACCCUUCGUAUGUGUCGAUAUCCAAAGUGUUCCUAUUUAUUCUUUAAUUGGAGAAAUGCAUGUAUACUGAGAUUUGAGUUAUUGAAAAUGUGAGAACAUCUAUCUCUCUUCGAGAGUAAUUUGAGUGGAUGCCACAUUUGAUUGAUGUUUCAAUGGAUUCAUGGCCAACCUUUUUUCU